UGAGGGAGGGCGCGCCUGGAGAAAGGCAGGAGGAAGGAAGCUUGAAGUCAAAAUGGAGACUGCGGGUUCCUCCGCUGCAGCCGUAGGGAACGGGGACAUGGGGUCCCAGCGGGCCCUGAGCCUGGUGCCUGAGCGGCUUCAGAGACGAGAACAAGAGCGGCAACUGGAGAUGGAAAGGCGGAAGCAAAAGCGGCAGAAUCAGGAGGUAGAGGAGGAGAAGAGCGACUUUUUCGUCGCCGCUUUCGCUCGGGAACGAGCGGCGGUGGAAGAACUUCUGGAGGACGGGGAGUCCGUCGAGCAGCUGGAGAAAGCGGCCGCUAGGCUCCAGGGCCUGCAGAAACUUAUCAACGAUUCGGUUAUGUUCCUGGCCUCCUACGACCUGCGUCAGGGACAAGAGGCGCUGGCGCGGCUGCAGGCGGCCCUGGCCCAGCGGCGCCAGGAGCUGCAGCCCAAGAAGCGUUUCGUGUUUAAGACCCGGAGAAAGGACGCUGUUUCCGUAUCCAAAGUAGACACGGCUCCUGACGCCCGGGCGGUGGAAGACAUCCUGGCGGCCCCUCCUCCGCCCUUGCAAGAGAAGGGAGGCUCCGGCUCCACCUGGGUCUUCGGCUUUUCCGGCCUGGAGUCCCAAACCUUGGAGAAGAGAGCAGAGGAGCUGCACCAACGCGACGUCCUGUUGACCGAACUGAGCAACUGCACAGUGAAACUGUAUGGCAAUCCCAAUACCCUGCGUCUGACCAAGGCCCGAAACUGCACGGUGCUCUGCGGCCCGGUGUCCACUUCUGUGUUCCUGGAGGACUGCAGUGACUGCGCGCUGGCCGUGGCCUGCCAGCAACUCCGCGUACACACCACAAGAGACACCCGCAUCUUCCUGCAGGUGACUAGCAGGGCCAUCGUGGAGGACUGCAAUGGGAUCCAGUUCGCCCCUUACACCUGGAGCUACCCGGGGAUCGACAAGGACUUCGAGGCCUCUGGGUUAGAUAGGAGCAAAAGUAACUGGAACAAGGUUGAUGAUUUCAACUGGCUGGCUCGGGAUGUGGCCUCCCCAAACUGGAGUAUUCUUCCUGAAGACGAGCGAAUGAUCCAGUGGGACUAAGCAGUUGUCACUCUGUUCUUCACUCUUACCAGACACUUCCCACUGUGGGACUGACUCCAACUAAUGGGACUCCAUAAUUUACUUACUGUGGUUACACUACUGUUUUCGGUAAAUCUUGAGAUUGUGAUAGGCUCUUGUAAUUUCCAUUAAAUUCACUACAGGUCUAGCACUUAAAAGUA